AGAGCUAGGAAAAACCCGCCAAGCCAAGCAAGGCCCGUACUUAACAGACCCCCCACGCCACAUCACAAACCACUGCAAACAAGCGACUCGGAACCAAAAAAGCAAAGCCUUGACUGACUGAGAAAGUCUGAACAGCCUCGCACGGCAUCUCAUCUCUCUCAAACACGCGCCUGUCUCGGGUGUUUUUCCCUUCUUGUUCUUUUGUCUCCGGCUCGAAGACGAAUAAGAUGCUGAGAUGGUACCAAGCGCGGCUGGCGGCGCGGCCGCUGCUCACGCAGGCCGUGACGACGUCGUUCCUGUUCGGGCUUGGCGACGUAGCGGCGCAGCAGCUGGUCGAGAAGCACGGGCUCGAGAAGCACGACCUGCUGCGCACCGGCCGCAUGGCUUUGUACGGUGGUGUAAUCUUCGGCCCGGCCGCAGCGACGUGGUUCCAGAUCCUGCAGCGGCGGGUCAACUUCCGCAGCGCCAACGCCACCGUGCUGGCGCGCGUGGCGUGCGACCAGGGGGCGUUCGCGCCGGUGUUCAUCGGGGUGUUCCUGGGCAGCAUGGCAGUCCUCGAAGGGGGCAGCCCGCGGGCCAAGCUGCGGCAGAGUUACUGGACGGCGCUGGGGUCCAACUACCUGAUCUGGCCAUUCGUGCAGCUGGUCAACUUCCGACUGGUGCCGCUGCAGCACCGCCUGCUGUUUGUCAAUGUAAUUAGCGUUGGGUGGAACUGUUACUUGAGCUAUCUUAAUAGCCAUAGCGGGGAGCUGGAGUGAUGGUAGUUCUUCGAAACCCAAAGAAGGAGGGGUUGUGGCACUUGGACUUCUUUUCUUUUUCUUUCUCAAGUCCACCAUGGGCGGCGUUUUUCAUUUGGGCGGGGAUUAACUGAAUGGCAUGGUACGUACGCAUGGCAUGGCAUCUCAUGUUUUCUUUUCCCCUUAAUUUUCCCAUUUGUUUAUUCAUCUCAUUCACUCUAGUUUGGUUGUCCAUUCUAGACGGUGCUUUGCCUGCUCUUAGAAACAAUGGCAUACCAAAACCUUGCUGUGGCGCCAAAAGAGACCGAGCCACCUUAGGUAUCACGCAUGGCUGUCUCUCUUCCAACUAUACUUUGAAUAUCUAAGCAG